GUGGGUGGGACUGCACUUCCGUGUGCACCCGCAUCUGCGCCCCGGCUGGCUCCAGACUGGUUGAGCACGAAGCAGGCUCCGGUUUCAAUAUGCAGAAGCGAAGAGGAAGGACAGGGAGAAUCAGAUGGCGAAGGCGGAGCUCUGACUGUAGAGGAGUGAGCGAGAGCCACCGGCCUGAAUUCAUAGAGCUGAAAAAAUGGCUGAAAGACAGAAAGUUUGAAGACACAGGCUUAGUACCUGCCUGCUUUCCAGGAACUGGAAGAGGGCUGAUGAGCAAAACAUCACUGCAGGAGGGACAGAUGAUCGUUUCAUUGCCCAAGAGCUGUCUGCUCACCACGGACACCGUGAUUCGGAGCUCCCUAGGCCCCUACAUUAAGAAGUGGAAGCCUCCUGCAUCUCCUCUGCUGGCUCUGUGCACCUUUUUAAUCUCAGAAAGGCAUGCAGGCAGUCGGUCCCUCUGGAAAGCCUACCUGGACGUUUUACCCAAGUCAUACACCUGUCCAGUCUGCUUUGAGCCGGAAGUGGUGGAUCUUCUGCCCGAACCCCUAAAGUCGAAGGCGGAAGAACAGAGAGCCCACGUGCAGGACUUCUUUGCCUCUUCCAGAGCCUUCUUCUCCACCCUGCAGCCUCUGUUUGCGGAGUCUGUGGACGGCAUUUUCAGCUACGGCGCCUUCCGGUGGGCCUGGUGCACCGUGAACACCAGAGCUGUGUACCUGAGGUCCCCGAGGCAGGGAUGCCUUUCUGCGGAGCCAGACACGUGCGCACUUGCGCCGUUCCUGGAUCUGCUGAACCACAGUCCACACGCGCAGGUAAAGGCAGCAUUCAACGAGAGAGCCGGCUGCUAUGAGAUUAGGAUGGCCUCACGCUGCGGGAAGCAUCAGGAGGUGUUCAUCUGCUACGGCCCCCACGAUAACCGACGGCUGCUGCUGGAGUAUGGCUUCGUCUCCGCCUGCAAUCCUCAGGCCUGUGUGCCUGUCCCAGGAGGGACGCUGGUUAAGUACCUCCCAGCAGCAGAUAAACAGCUGCACAAGAAGAUGUCCAUUCUGAAGGAUCAUGGCUUUACAGAGAAUUUGACGUUUGGCUGGGAUGGGCCGUCCUGGAGGUUGCUCACAGCUCUUAAGUUGCUGUGUCUGGAAGCUGAGAAAUUUAUGUCCUGGAAAAAAGUACUCCUCGGUGAAGCAACCUCAGAUACAAAUGAGAGGACAAGCUUGGGCGUGGCCCAGAGAAUAUGCUCGGCCUUCAUCGAAGAGACUCAGGCUGCGCUGAGCAAGGUUUCUGACAUGAAGGAGGGGAAGACGUUGCUGACGCAUCAGCUCACGCUGGUAGAGGCGCUGCUGAUGGAAGAGCUGAGGAUCCUGCGGGCUUCCGCGGAGAUUGUGAGCAGUUCACUAGCCUGCUUUCCCUGACGGCACGGGAAGCCUGUGAUUCCCUCCUGUGGAGGGCGGACUUCCCGCGAUUUCACUGCGGUUGGAAUAGACAGACUUUUAUAUGAGGUUGUUUGAAGUCUUUGGAUGGCUUCUAUUAAACAGUGAUGUGUCAUAUCCCUCCCUUCGCUCCUCCCACGGCAUGGCGUGGGGGCUGCUCCCAGCACCGGGAAGGAUGUCUGCAGGGACUAGGCAUUGGGUAGCUGAGGACAGAGUUACACUUCACACUGUCGUUCUAUGGAAGUGAGCGAGCGGCCGUGGGGAAGAAGGGCUAGGCUGUGUGAUGAGCUGCAGAGUGGGAGCUGUAAGGGCCAGGCAGCCCUGUGUUCCGUUUCCGGGCGUCUCCUGUUUCAUUUCCCUCAUCGGCUGUUAAUGGUCAAGACGUGAUCCUCUGAGACUCUCAGGUACUCUCGCCUGAGGGACAAGUUGGGCCGGGUGGCUCUGGUGGCAUGUGGUAGAGGGUUGGCAGUGUUGGGCCGCCCAGACCUUCCCUCUGUA